AUGACGCUUUUCAAAUCCAGCUGCAAGCUACGUUUCGAUUCCUGCAGGUUGUACUGGAACGAGACUGAUUGGCUUUCGUGCGGUUUUGCUGCUGAUAUUAUUUUUUACCAUUACAAGCUUCGUGCAGCCGUGCAGCGAGUGGAAUACCUUGAGGGAAGGGAAAAACAUGAAAUUCGAAACUACAGUGAAGAGCUAGAGAAUGCGCGUCAAGAAAUCGGCCUCAACGAGAGGGAACUUUACUGGUGUGAAACACGUAUGCGCUCUACUGGGAUUGGGGUUCCAUACGCGCUUUUGAGGCAAAACCCAGGGUGGUAUCUCCGCAGUGAACUCAUCGAGGACUGCAAGGGAUCUGGUGGAUGCUGUGGCCGAAGCUGUGGAUGCUGCAAAAAAAGACAAAGCUCGAAAUGGAAAAAGGCAGCCGGGCACUGCACAGCCGACUGCUCGUGUUGCGCUACUCAUCGACAGGCGGCUUUUAACCAAUGGCAGAAGGACAGAAUCUUGAAUCGAUUCAGAGAGAUGCUGCAAGCAAGCGAGCACAGCAAUGAGUAUUUAUGCAAGAUGACGAUCGGAUAUUUCGCGGAAUUUGAUAUCCCACGGCUCCAACCAAAAACCGGUGAACCAACCAAGCAAGAGCAAUCUGAUGAUGAAACAUUCUGUGAUAACGAAACACUCUGUGGGGAAUCUGAGAAUGGAAGUGACUGUAAAGAAGAGACUAGCUCGAUUCCAGAAUCCAAUGCAUCAAGCACUGGCUGGAGAAGGCUUUUAAGACGGAAAGGCUGA